AGGGGGAAGCGCCGGACGGCCGCCUCCGCCACUGCAGCUGCAGCCCCCGAUGUCGCCGCAGUGAUCGCGACCGCAGCAGCACCCGCACCCGCACCCUCAGCGGCCGCAGCAUCAGCACCGCAGAGCCGAGCCCGGAGGCCACCACCCCGCAGGAUGGCUGUAGCUCCUCCAAGUUACUGUUUUGUGGCCUUCCCACCACGUGCUAAGGAUGGUCUGGUGGUAUUUGGGAAAAAUUCAGCUAGACCCAGGGAUGAAGUACAAGAGGUUGUGUAUUUCUCGGCUGCCGAUCAUGACCCCGAGAGCAAGGUUGAGUGCACUUAUAUUUCAAUCGACCAAGUUCCCAGGACACACGCCAUUGUGAUAAGCAGACCUGCCUGGCUUUGGGGGGCAGAAAUGGGAGCCAAUGAAUACGGAGUGUGCAUAGCCAACGAAGCCAUCAAUGCCCGAGAACCAGCCGCUGAGACAGAAGCCUUACUGGGGAUGGAUCUGGUCAGGCUUGGUUUAGAAAGAGGGACAACAGCUAAAGAAGCCUUAGAUGUCAUCGUCGCCUUGUUGGAAGAACACGGACAAGGUGGGAAUUAUUAUGAAGAUGCAGACUCCUGCCACAGCUUCCAAAGUGCGUAUCUGAUUGUGGAUCGUGAGGAGGCCUGGGUGCUUGAGACCAUAGGGAAGUACUGGGCUGCCGAGAAGAUCACAGAGGGAGUCAAGUGCAUUUGCAAUCAGCUUUCACUCACCACUAAGAUUGACGCAGAGCACCCUGAACUGAGGAGUUACGCCCAGAGUCAAGGCUGGUGGACAGGAGAGGACGAGUUCAAUUUUUCCGAAGUUUUUUCUCUAGCUGAUGACCAUCUACACUGCUGUGCAGGCAAAGACAGCUUAGAAAAGCAAGAAGAAAGCGUCACUGUGCAGACUAUGAUUGACAUCUUACGGGACAAAGCCAGUGGAGUCUGUGUAGACUCCGAGUCUUUCCUCACCACAGCCAGUGUCGUGUCUGUCCUGCCUCAGAAUAGAAGCUCACCGUGCAUUCACUACUUCACCGGGACCCCAGAUCCUUCCAGGUCCAUAUUCAAGCCUUUCAUCUUUGUCGAUGAUGUAAAACUUGUCCCGAAAACACAAUCUCCCUGUUUUGGGGACGAUGACCCUGCCAAAAAGCAGCCUCGGUUCCAGGAGAAACCAGACCGCCGGCAUGAGCUGUACAAGGCCCACGAGUGGGCACGCACUGUCAUUGAAAGUGACCAGGAGCAAGGUCGGAGGCUCAGGAAGACCAUGCUGGAGCUGGAGAAGCAAGGCCUGGAAGCCAUGGAAGAAAUCCUGACCAGCUCUGGCCCCCUGGACCCCACCGAAGUGGGGGAUCUUUUCUAUGACUGUGUUGACACGGAGAUUAAGUUCUUUAAGUGAAGUAAGCAUUCCCUUUCCCCUUCUUAUUUAAAGUUUCCCACCUUACUAAAUUACCAGCAAAACAAACCGCUCUCCUGUUUGAGUAAAAUGAGCAAGUUCAGAUGUGUUAAAGUCACACUGUUAGCUUGUGUUCCUCCUUGAAUCUCAAAAUGUCCCCUUCUUCUGCAGUGUAGGCCCCUUCUUUUGCAAUGUCCAUGUAUCCCAUUUGCCUGUCAUUAGAUUGUAUGACUAACUGUGGAUUUUAAGCUGCUAUUAUUGUAUUUCAGUGACAAUGGACACAUUAGCUUUCUCACGGGAGGACUAGAGUUCAUCGGGCCUUGAAAGACAGGCUCCACAGUGCUGAGUUUGCGGGAAAAGCAAAAUCUUUUGAAGUCUUGCUCUUUCUCUCAGUAAUGGCUUCUUUCAGGUUUUAACAAAAGGCAUUUCUUUGUCUGGCUCAGGGCUCUUGUGUGUGUACUUGAGGGAGAAGCUUCCCGGCCUCCUCUAACUGGAUGCGUGUGUAGUGCAGAAUGUCUCUGGAUGUGUCUUCUGAGAGACAAACCAAUGGGAAGGAAUAAAGGGGGUUCCUCUCCAGUCCCAGCUGCGUCCCCAUUCCCGUGAUCCUUAAAGACCCAUCUUCUGUGCACUGUGCUUGUGUCCAGUGGACCCACGUGCAGGAGAGUCAGUCAUCUGUGUUAGCUGGAACCUGCCCACUUUAGAGAUUCAGCGGCAGCCAUGCCGGUGACUUCCCUGAAUCACUGCGUGGAUCUCCCAAAAGGUAGGCAGCUCUCCCUGCACAGCAGCACACGCCCCACAUGGAUGUGGCCUUGUGUGGAAAUGAUUCCGGGCCUGAUGACCGCCAUCUAGUUUAGGAUUAAUUAAAUGGCCCUGUGGUAUAGUUCCACCCCACAAAGCUGCGAAUCUCUCAGCUAAUGAGGGAAAGAACAGGAGAGACUCUUGACUGUUUAGAUUCCAGUUAAAGUAGCUGGAAUCUGAGCAUCCACUACAUUAUCUCAGCAGAGGCUUUAAUUAAACUGAUUUGUUUUCAACGUCGUGUUUGCGUGAAGGAUUUGACUUAGCACCAGAGCAUAGAAAAGCAUGCAAGGAAGACCAGAUGGGCUCAGCAUUGGGAAGUCAGAGGGCAAGAAGGUGACAGAUGGUUGUAGAAGCGUUUCACUCCAAGGUAGCAAUCCAACCCCUACCCUUCCUGCCCAGCCUGUUAUAUCCCACAAAGCUGCGUAGCAAGCAACUGGCUUUCCCUGGUCCUUCCCUUUAUUCCUAAUGCUCUGCAUGUCCCAGGAGCUGCCUUCAGACUGGUAGCUCAAGUGGGCAGGCGGGGGCUGGGGGCUUACUUCCAGCUAUUGGGACUCUCAGCCACUCUUGAAAAGGAAAGGGGGCAGAGAUGAUUAAUAGAAAUGUAUGUUAAUAUAGUAGCUAGUGGGAGAACAGCAGCUUAAUUACUCCAGCCUUACCCAUACCAUUUGGGCCUAAUCAUGCUUCAUCAAUAGGAAUUUGCAAAUGGAAACACUGUGAGUGUCAAUAGUCUUGGAAGUAAUUAGAGUUAGUGACUCCUUCGCAGUAGCCGCAUAUCAUAGGCCAUGAGAGCCGGAAGGGACUUGGGCCCCAUACACAGAUGUGGACACUGAGGGUCACAGGUUUUAUUGGAACCAAUCUUUUUUCCUACCAGGUCCUCUUUGACAGUGUGGGCAUAAGAGCACUGUGAGCUUUUUGCCCAGCAGUUUUGUAAAUUCUGUAUGUAAAAUCACUAACUACAAGUGGUGAGAGAUGGAAGAAUAUUUGAGCUGACAAAGUUAACAGCAACCAUUCACGGUAGCUUUUAGUUGCUGAGAGUUUCAUCCAGGUUUGGCCUGGGUUUUUACUGUUGCUGAACUUAGGGUCUCCUCUUAGGCGGAGCAGCCAUUCUGAGAGCAUCUGUCUACAGCUGCCAAGGGGAGAAGGGUAGGGUCCCAGGAUGACAUAGGUACCUCAUCCCCUCCUGAGUCCACUUGCUGAGUGGUUAUUUAGAACAAGAUGGUACAGAAAGCCACUCUAAAAUUUCGCCACGUGGUCUCACCUCCACCUAUUAUGGAAACAUUUCAUCAGACCUGACAUGUCUGAGAAUCCCAAGGUGAUUUGGGGUUUGAAGUCUAGUGAGAGGAAAUUACAGAGGCCUGCUUUCAUUAUUAUGGGCUAGGCAAAGGUCACAGAUAACCCAGCCAGCUUUAUGCCAUUACCCAGCCAUUGUGCAGUGGGAAACACAAUGGCUACUUCUGUUAGGGGACCUUGACCUCAGUCCAGCACCUCAGAGAGGGGCCAACCCUAAUUGAGAGUUGUCUUGGCUAAUGCUGUACCUCACAAUUGUGAUGCCUGUCUCAACAUCCCAGCCCUCCGUGGCACUGCCUGGCAGAAGUUCCCGGGGCUGGGAUGCUUCCAUCAGGCCCAGAGGUGGUCUAUACAGUCAAAACCCAAAUGAUUGCAGUGGACAGAUUCUUGUGCAUUGAGAUACGUGGGGAAGGACAAGAAGAGAGCAAAGACUCUGCUGAUGAGCUGUACUCACUUCUAGUGACUUGUAUCUACUUCUAUUAACAGCUUGAAAGAUAUUGUUGGAUUUUGAGAAGGCUGUUGUUGGGGGAUGUUUGUUUUUUAUAUGCUCCUAACCGACUCUGCUUUUGAAAAGUGCUUCUCAUGACGUGGAUGAUUUCUUGACCAGGGAUUGCUUUUCUAAAGGCAAGAUGAGGAAAAUGAAUAUUCAAGAUGAACUAUGAAAGUGAUGUUUAAAGGUCAGUGUAUGAAUAGCCUUCUAAAAUAUCAUUUGUGUAUCCGUUAAGACUUGGGAGCCUGUGCGUGCUUUGUGCAGAAAGAAGUCAUGGCCGUAAAGGACAGAAUCUGUCCCCCACUCUCACGCCCCAUAACCAAACAUAAGCUAGUUGAUCUUGUCUAGUGGAUGGGAUUACCAUAGAUGAAGACAGCCCUCAUACUCUAGGGGGGCAGAGGCUCCAGUGGAAGUAAAUCAGCAAAACAGAAGUAGUCCUCUUUCAUUCUCCGAGGUGGUUUGAAACUUUAGGUAGAAUAAGGACAUACUUGAAUUAUGGUGAUUCUUUAGUGCCCAAUAACAUAAGACACAGUGUUAUUAUUAGAAAGAGUCUUUAUUACAAGCUGUCUGACAGAGCAGCUGUAUGCCUAUUAGAUAUUAGCAGUGAAGUUUCUUCACUAUUGGUGGAUCAUUAGGUAUAAAAAAUAAUUAUCAACCAGGCCAACUACUCUGCUCCCUAGCUGAUGCCAUCCCACCUUGGUACAGGUGUCGCACAGGUUGGCUCAGCAGGGAAGCCAGGUGGGACCAGUGUGUCUGUUACAAAACCACUCACUGCAUUGAUGACCGAAGAGCAGUCAGUUAUGGGGAAGGUCUUCGGCUGAGCUCUCAGCUUUAGGAAGGGAGCACAGGGAGGAAGGAGGCAGGGGAACUCACUUCGCUGGCUGUUCUUGUAUGGAUGGGGAGAGUGGCAGGUCACACGCAUGUGCUGUCCCAGCACUACCCUGUGCUUCCCUGUAGCAGUGGCUUUGCAUUCCACAUGGCCCGAAGUCCCAGCUCCUCUCCUAUGGUUUGUGUCAAAUAUACUCUAUCUGAUUGACUUCAAACAUCCCGAAAUGUCACAUGCAGAUCUCUCGUGGGAAUGAGUAGGCACCUGUUUGCAAUCAUGUUGUGAGAAGUUAAAUGUGUGAGCUGGAAAUUGCUAUUGUCAGGGAAUAAUAAAAAAGGAAAUCUUUCUGUUUCCUGCAGUGGGAACUGACCGUGUAGUCUUAACAGCCUUUUGUACAAAUAUCUACAAACCAGAUAACUUCCCCAUCCAGUGCUUGCCCUUGGAACUGUCUCUAAAUACAUCAAGCAUACAAUAAAAAAAUACUGAAA